ACCGAUGCAUACCAUGUUGACGUCAUCAAUGCGCGACGGGGAAGAAUUGUCCUUCACUAUGCUCAUUCUGUAACCUCGCACGCGUUGUAAAUGUACAUUGUUUGUGUUUUUUUUGUUUUUUUAUGGAAGCAGCAGAUUUAGGUUGACAAACAUCCUCCGCAAUUUGAUUGAUCAAUAGGUUAUGGCAGCUCCAAACUCAGCUGAAAGAAAGGCCUGUUGGGAUGCCAGAGACUUAUUAUGGAAAUGUAUGGAUGACAACAAUGACAAGAUUGCAUCGUGCCAGAGCUUCCAAAGCGAGUUUGAGGCCAAAUGCCCCGCUCAGUGGGUCAAGUAUUUCAGCAAAAGGAGAGACUUCUUGAAAUACAAAGAGAAGAUGGAAACAGAGGGGUUCACACCUGCUGAAGGACCCCGACAGCCCUCCUAACACUCACUGACAAAAGUGACAUUAUUUUAUUUUAUUUUUUCGCCACAGUCAGGCCUAGAGGACUUGGAAUCAUUUCUUCUUCUGGUUGAUUAUGUGUAUUUAUGUGAACAAAGCUUUAAAUUGCAUUUUGUGUAAUGGCCUUGUGAACUCCUGAUGUUGGUUCACAUGAACAUACAAAAUGUAUAUUAAAAAAAAUACAUUACAUGUU